GAACCUGCAAGGACGAAAGACAAAGAAUGGCAAGUACGGAAGAAAUGUUAGAGGAGCUUCUUAAUAUUGAGGUUGAGCUUCAAGACGUCCAAGAUCAGAUAAAGAUAUUUUUUGAUCGGCAAGAGAAGUUGCACGACAGACAAUCUGAACUGAAGUCCCUAUUAGAAAAUUGUGAAUCAUCAGGAAACCAUGCUAGCAGUGGCCCUGUUGUUUCUUCAGAGAAUUGGUCGGGGCCAUUUGAAUGGGAUUCUGAAGCUGACGAUGUUAGGUUCAAUGUUUUCGGCAUAUCCACGUACCGUGCAAAUCAGCGAGAGGUCAGUGCCAUCUCAAUCAUUUGGUUGACUGCUUCGCUCUCCUUCCAUUGA